GAAGUCUCUACACCUUCCGCCGGAAACUAAAAACACAUCUUUUCCGACUAAUAUCUGGAUUAAAACACAGAUUAGCACUUCAGUGGCUCUUACUUCUGAUGUCCAGCAGCUGGUUUGGAUUAAACCAGAUGUCCCCCCUGAGGACCAGGACCAAGAGGACCCGGAGCCCCUCCUCAUAAAAGAGGAGCCGGAGCCCCUCCUCAUAAAAGAGGAGCUGCAGGAUCUCUGGACCCGUCUAGAGGGAGAUCAGCUCAUUGUGCUGGAGGAGGCCGAUAUCACCAAGUUCUUAUCCACUGCUGUUACUGUGAAGAGUGAAGAUGACGAACCUCAGACCUCACGGCUUCAUCAAAGCCAGACGGAGGACAACAAAGAGGCGGAGCCUCCCGCCUGCAGCUCAGCUACACCAAUACAGACGGAAACUGAUGGAGAGGACUGUGGAGGAUCAGGACCAGACAGGAACCUAAAUCUACAUCGUCAUUCACAUCCAAAUGCUGAUGAUGAAGAGGCUUCAGACUCUUCUGAGACUGAGGUCAGUUGUGGUGAUUGGCAAGAAGCUUUGUCAGAUUCUGGACCUGACAGUGAAGACGGGGACAAUGUCUGGAAGGAGCCCAGGGCACCUGAGUCUGCUGCACAUGCCCUGAAAUAUAAGGAAGCUCUUGUAAGUCAUGUGGGAUGUAACACCGGCAACAAAUCCAAUGAAUCACGAUCAAAUGAGCUCAUGAGAGAGAAAUCAUUAAGGUGUGAUGAUUGUGGAAGAAGAUGUACACACCAGGGACAUCUGAAGACACACAUGAGAGUCCACACAGGAGAGAAACCAUUCAGUUGUGAUGUUUGUGGGGAAAGAUUUACACGACAGGGAGAUCUGAAGCGACACAUGAGAAUCCACACAGGAGAGAAACCAUUCAGUUGUGAUGUUUGUGGGGAAAGAUUGACACGACAGAGAAAUCUGAAGAUACACAUGAGAGUCCACACAGGAGACAAACCAUUCAGUUGUGAUGUUUGUGGAAAAAGAGUUACACACCAGGGAAGUCUGAAGCGACACAUGAGAGUCCACACAGGAGAGAAACCAUUCAGUUGUGAUGCUUGUGGGCAAAGAUUUACACAACAGGGACAUCUGAAGACACACAUGAGAGUCCACACAGGAGAGAAAUCAUUCAGUUGUGAUGUUUGUGGAAAAAGAUGUACACACCAGGGACAUCUGAAGACACACAUGAGAGUCCACACAGGAGAGAAAUCAUUCAGUUGUGAUGUUUGUGGAAAAAGAUUUACACACCAGGGACAUCUGAAGUCACACAUGAGAGUCCACACAGGAGAGAAACCAUUCAGUUGUGAUGUUUGUGGGAAAAGAUUUACACGACAGGGAGAUCUGAAGCGACACAUGAGAGUCCACACAGGAGAGAAACCAUUCAGUUGUGAUGUUUGUGUAAAAACGUUUGUAUCACAGCAAGGUCUGAAGAAACACAUGAGAGUCCACACAGGAUAGAAUGUGUUUCUUCCAAUAGCGACAAAUUAACUGUGUGUUGUUCUCUUUCUGUUGUGUUUAAUAAAAAUAAGGUAAAUUUU